AUGUCUGAUCUACCACCCCUCCCAUCGUACACCCUCUCCCCGGUUCAGCCGCUCAUCUCCUUUAUCCCCGACUUCUACCUCUCCCUCAUGCUACCAAUUGCCGCGUACUGGAUCGUAUCAAUGUUCUUUCACAUCAUCGAUGUCUACGAUGUAUGGCCACAAUACCGACUGCAUACACCGGCGGAGAUCCUCAAGAGAAAUCACGUCUCCCGGUAUGAGGUGGCGCGCGAUGUGGUUAUACAGCAGAUCAUUCAGACAGUGGUUGGAAUAAUUCUAGGUAUAACGGAGCCAGAGGAGGUGACUGGAAGGGAGGAGUACGAUAUCGCAGUCUGGGCUACAAGAUUACGAAUUGCUCAAAGGGUUCUGCCGCAGCUCUUGGGUCUUCUAGGUCUCAACGCUGCAGCAAUUUCUAAGAAUAUUGCUGGAUCGCAUCCAAUGCUGGCAGGUGCUCUCGCAGGUGGAAAAUACCCCUCCUUGGCCUUGGGAAUGGAUGCUCUCGGUGGUUCACCAGUUCCUACUUUUGCUAGCUGGGAGGUAUUUGCGGCCAAGGCUCUGUACUGGUACAUUGUACCUGCAUUGCAGUUUUGGUUGUCAAUCCUCAUUGUGGAUACAUGGCAAUACUUCUUACAUCGUGCUAUGCACAUCAAUAAGUGGCUCUACACUACAUUCCAUUCGCGUCAUCAUCGCCUCUAUGUCCCAUACGCUUACGGAGCGCUUUACAACCACCCCUUCGAAGGCUUCCUACUUGACACACUCGGGGCUAGCAUUGCAUACAAAGUUGCUGGGUUGACGCCUCGCCAAGGAAUGAUUUUCUUUACAGCCUCCACCAUCAAAACGGUCGAUGACCACUGCGGUUACGCAUUACCUUGGGACCCCCUGCAACACAUCACAAGCAACAAUGCAGGAUACCAUGACAUCCACCACCAAAGCUGGGGCAUCAAGACCAACUUCUCGCAACCAUUCUUCACCUUUUGGGAUCGACUCUUGGGCACGAUGUGGUCUGGCGAUACAAAACUCCGCUACGCGAGAGACAGAAAGGCAGCACAAUUCAAGGUCGAUGCAGACAAGGUUGAGUUGUGA